AUGGCCCUCAGCGGCGAGCUUUGCUGCCAUCGGAGUACACCCAGAUGGCUGGCCGGGCUGGAAGACGAGGCUCGAGAGAUCCGGGGAGAACUGAAGCUGACACUAUGUUUGGACUCCGAGGGCCACGUCUUCUUGCUUUGUGGCGAUGAGGUUCCCGACCAGAAGCAGAUCACUCGGAUGAUGACCAGCAAGGCGGAGCCGCUAGCAUCGCGCUUUCGCGUGACUUUUGCGAUGAUCCUGCAGAUGAAGCGCUUCGCGGAGACCGGGGUGCGCGUGGAGGACCUGUUGGGGCAAUCCUUCCUGGAGAAUGCCCGGGCCUGCAGGAGGCCCGAGGCGAGGCGGCACUUGAAAGAUCGCAUGCUACAGCUGGAGGCGCUGCCAGCGGUGCAGUGCAUCCUCGGUGAGCCAGACAUCCAGGAGACUACGCAGCCUUCGAAGACGAGGCGAGGCUCUUGGGGACUCAGCGAGGGCCUCGGGGAAGUUUCGGUCUGA